CACUCGUCCUCUCUCCAUCAUCCUCUCUCCCUCUCCCUCCCUGUGUUUGGCGAGCUGGUGAGAGCACAAACCUUUCUGCAAAACAGGUCGCCUACAGGAGACAAGCAUAUCAUAAUUUUGAGGGUAUCAUAAUUUUGAGGGAACCCGGAGAGCUUUCUUCUCUCCCAAACCCGCCAAUUCACCCACGAACUCCUGUAAUGUCGAGGAACGAAGAUAAAUAACCGACAGCUUGUUCUCUCUCUGCUGUAGUGUUGAGCGACACGAGCUACCCCGACACACAGGCAUACACACACAGCUCGGGCGUUCCCGCGACUCCUCUGCGGCCAACGGAAGGGUGUCAGGAGAGAGGAGAGGGAGAACGGAGGAGGCGAAGGGGAGAGAGGAGGGGAGGAAAUCCGACUGUUUUGAAGCUAUACGCCAGUAAACAUAGACUAUAAGCAUACACAGUGAACGAAGAGGAAACCGUCGCAGUGCUAUUUUAAUUCAGUGUGGAUGAAACUAGGAUGAGAGAGACGCCAAAGGAGAGAGACGCCAUCGGUGACAAGUUAAAGGACUCCGCUAUUGGUGGUUUCCAAUUUUCCCAGAAGUGGUCAGAGUCUAUGGAUUCUUCAAUUACAGAUGGCUGAGGUUUCACAGCAGGAGAGAAUUCAGGCCAUCGCUGAGAAGAGGAAGAGGCAGACAGAGAUCGAGAACAAGAGGAGACAGCUGGAAGAUGACAGAAGACAGCUUCAACACCUAAAGUCGAAGGCUCUGAGAGAGCGCUGGUUGUUGGAUGGGGCUCCAGAGGAAGAUGAGACUCAGAGACGUAUUCAGGAGGACGAAGAGAGGACUAAGGCACUAGAGAAGAGCAUCCUCUGCCUGGAGCAGGAGAUAGAGGAGCUGGAGAAUCCGGUCGUGACCAAAGAGAACAGAGGAGCUGUAAAUGGAGUAUCACAGAACCAGAGUCCUAGAAGAGAACUAACAGGAGUAGAAGCCAAGCUGUUGGGUCCCAGUCCAGACCAGGCCAGCGCUGAGAACCCUGUUACCCUGGUCUUCAUGGGCUAUACAGCUCUGGAGGGUGAGACAGCAGGGGAGGCAGGGGGGACAGAGGGUGGAGACGGCUCAGUCAAGGCGGAGUUUGUGAUGCUACCAGACGGGGAGGUGAAGGGGGUAAGAGAGGGGGAGACAGAGACCCAGGCAGCAGCCAAUGGGAGUACGGGUGAGAAGGGGGAGGCAGGGGGAAAUGGGGGAGGAGGGGAGGAGGGGGAGAAGGAGAAGAAACAGAGUUGCAAGUGUUGCACAGUCAUGUGAGUGUUUGUGUGUGUGUGUGUGUGUGUGUGUGUGUGUGUGUGUGUGUGUGUGUGUGUGUGUGUGUGUGUGAGAGAGAGUUUGUGUGUGUGUGUGUGUGUGUGUGUCAGAGGAAGAGAGACUUGAGUGCGUACGUGUGUAUGCGUGUCUGAUCACACACUUAUCAGGACUACAAAACCAAACAGUCCGACUCCUCCUGCCAAGCAGCAAAAACUACAGCCAACACCAACCAUAUACAGCCAACAGACACUGGAGAAUCAGUACUACUUUGUAUUACUGUAGUAGUACUACAACAACAACCUACAGCCAGGACAAUAUACACUAGACUAUGUACUACUCUAGUACUACAAUAACAACCUACAGCCAGGACAAUAUACACUAGACUAUGUACUACUCUAGUACUACAAUAACAACCUACAGCCAGGACAAUAUACACUAGACUAUGUACUACUCUAGUACUACAAUAACAACCUACAGCCAGGACAAUAUACACUAGACUAUGUACUACUCUAGUACUACAAUAACAAUCUACAGCCAGGACAAUAUACACUAGACUAUGUACUACUCUAGUACUACAAUAACAAUGGGGAAAUCUGAAAUGGAACCCUAUUCCCUAUAGUACUUUGGGCCAAAACACUCCCACAGUGCACUAGUAUAGGAAAAGGGCUGCUGUUUCAGAUGCAGCUAGUACCUCCAGACUGAUCAAACAAAACCUCCCUCACUGUGUACUGCUAUCGUACUACUAUUUACUACAAUGUAUUUCUUCUGAUAUGGAUCAUUCUUUUAUUUUGAUUGCUAUUUUUAUAUUUUUCUGUCUUGACAUUUAUAGUGUAUUCUGUGUGUUCUUCUGUAUGCUAUUCUAUUAAUAUUAUCUUUAUUAUUGAACUGGAUGUGCCGUCACGUUAUUGUUGAAAAGAAAAUGUAGCAGGUCUUUGUAUUGUAAUGUGUCUGCUAUCGGAGCCAUCUGGAAAAUGUCUAUCAUUGUUUUUUAGUCCAGAAUAUGAAGAAGACAUACAUUUUGUAUAUUUCUCUGUGUAUCGAGCAUUUAUCAGUCAGUUUCAUAUUAUAUUGUCUCUGUAAUAUAGUUUCACAGUGUGAACAGUAUUCAAAUAUGUUGAUAUCAAGUUUUAUACAAUGUAUUUAUUGGUUUGGUUUCUGCCAAAUCAUAGCCAGCCACACUCUGCAUGCAAGCUUGUACCAUCAUCACAAAUCAAUAGGUAAACCAAUCAAUCAAUUCAUCAAUCAGCCACACCAUGUCGUCUGGUACAUCUCAGAUAACAUUAUUAUCUCUGUUUUAAACUGUCCAUCCCAUGUCGUCAUCUCUAUCUCAUCAUCUCAAGUCAUUUAUACUCUACUUACAUCUAGUAAUCUAUUGAUCUCUACUAAUCUCCUCAUUAGACUCACUAUGACACUGUGCAACUCAUAAACACAUUUCACUAUUUUAUUUUUUAUAAAUGGAAAGGAUUCACUGUUUGAGUCAAGCCCGGUGAUUGUUUUAAUGCUGAUGCUUGUGAAUUUUGUUGAGUCCGUGAUGUUGAAUCUUCUGAUGUAGCAUUAACUCUAACUCUGAUCGUAAUACUUCUCAUCAGGUCUGAUCAGUAUCAUUGAUAACUAUAUCCAUCAUCACGGCAUAUUGCUUAACAUGAAUGUAAUAAUGGGUUCUAUUGGGAUCGAAGGGAAGGUGAAACCUGUCGUCAGCAGAAUAAACCUUCCAUUCCCAGAGA